GUACAGGUCGGCAGUGAAGUGAGACGGAAGCGAGCCUGGAGUUUGUGCUGCAAGGUGAGCUGCUGCUCUGAGGAGCGCGCUGUGGUGCGCCUCGCCCCUCCCAUGCACCCGCUUUAAACUCUCCUCUCUGUUCACCAAUAAAGCGCUUUUUGUCCGGGGAGUCGGCACUUGAGUGCAUUCCUUGACGUGCACGGUUUCGUACCUCUCCCGAGGAUCUGAUGAAACGCGAUCGUUACGACUUGAGCGGCGUUUUUUUUUUGUUUUGUUUUCCUGUCUGAGCGCUCACAUGGAAAGAAGCACAAGGAGUGGAGUUAUAGUGUCGAACUGCUGCGUUCGGAUAAAGAGCACAUAAGACUUCUCCAGAAUUCAGGGCAAAACAAGAACUCCAAAAAGAAAAGUGGAAGGAGCAUACAGGAGGAAGCUUUCUCACUGGGCUGAGCAGGGAGAAGGAAACAGCCAGCAUCAUGAAGGUGUUUCUCACUCCAAUGAUGGCCUUCCUGCUCUUCCUUGCUCUACCAGAUAGCAACUUGGGCAGCAACUGCCCAAAGGACUGCUCAUGCUCAGCAGUAGAUUCAAUCUUGUGUUUCCAGAGACGCUCUCCUAACAUUCCUCAAGGAGUCCCCCAAUCCACAAAAAACCUUUACCUCUUUGCCAAUGGCAUUGAGGGAUUGAUGCCAAAGGACUUCGAUGGUCUGGAGAAUCUAGAAAUGCUGGACCUUAGUCAAAACAAACUGACUGAACUACCUGAUAAGGUGUUUAAACCUCUGAGUUCUUUGCGAAAUCUGGACUUGUCAUCUAACCUGAUCACGCACAUUUCAAAGGACUGCUUUCAUGGCAUGGCAUUGCUUGAGCGACUCUAUCUAUACAGUAAUCAGAUCAAGACCAUCCACCCUGCAGCCUUCAAUGGCUUGGAACAGCUACUGGAGCUCAAACUUCAGGGAAACAUGCUAACAUCCCUACCUGCCCUUUCAAUGCCUCGGCUACUACUCCUGGACCUUCGUUUCAAUGUCUUUCAUGUCUUGGGCCCUUCUGACCUCCAGACCCCUAACCUGGAGUCACUUAAAUUGGGUGGUGUAGGACUCACCAGCCUUGAUGAAGAACUCAUAGGCAGUCUGAGGAACCUCCAUGAACUGGAUAUAUCAGGAAACCAACUUGUUUCUUUCCCUUCAGUACUGAAGAAAGUCCGGGGCCUGAUGCAUCUCAGCCUUGGGGGGAAUCCGAUGGGUCCUCUAAAUGUUCAGGACCUGCAGAAUUUUGCAGACCUUCAAGAGUUGGACAUUAGCGGUCUCAGUCUGCAAGGCCUUGCCGAAGAGUUCUCUCAGUACUUCCCCCAUCUUAGGAAACUCACAGUUGCAGAAAAUCCCUUCAACUGCCUCUGUACAUUAGCUUGGUUCCCCAGAUGGCUUAGAGCCCAGGGCAUUACCCUGGAAAGAACAGAGGAGACCCGUUGUCACUUUCCACCAAUCAAUGCUGGGAAAGUACUUGAGAGACUGGAGCACAGGGAGUUUGGCUGCCCUAUCAAAACUAAAGUCACGACCACCACUGUCAAAACCACUACUACUGUGUCUGUUCCUGCAACAACUUUCAUGAGUACAACAAAAACUAUUCCAGUCCCCAGAUCUAGUGACAAGCCAGUGAACAAAGAUGAUUUAUUCCCCUUUCCUGUCCCUGCCUCCCCCAGUAGCAGCAGCUUUGACCCAGGAAUAGAGCUUCAUUUCUGUCCCCCUGACACCUGUUUGAAUGGAGGCACUUGUCAUUUGGCUGAGAAGGGUCAGGUACAGUGUACAUGUCCACAUGGUACCUCUGGUAUGUAUUGUGAGGUACAAAAUCAUAACCCAGCUUCACCACCUGAUGCCAAAAUUCCCAUGGUAACUGUCACUGCAGAUUUCUCAGAUAUCAGCACACGUGAGGUAAGCUCAACUUCCAUCUUGGUGGACCUUCACCGUUACAUUGAAAUGAGGCCAUAUAUUCGUGGAAUCCGCCUAACCUACCGUAAUCUCUCUGGUCCAGACCGAAGGCCAAUGCAUCUUAGCCUCCCUGCAUCAUACCCGGAAUAUAGAUUGAGAGGGUUGAAACCCAAUUCCACCUAUGCUGUGUGUGCAAGUCCCUUAGGUGUCCCUAGCGGCAUAGACAGCAUCUGCACUGAGGCCCACACCCACGCUGAAAAGCUCAGGGUCACAGGAGCACGAACAGAUGACAAAAGGAUGACUACUGUUGUGGCGCCUGCAAUAACCAUCUUGCUAUUCCUGGUACUGACAGCAACAGCAGUGGGUGUGGCAUUCUAUUGCCGCAAGAAAAGGACCAAGGGACACAUGAACCUGGACUGUGAGCCAGCCCACCUAGAAUUGGAAGGCGUAAAAGCUGAUUUGGACAAUGAGGCACUGCCUCAAAAACAGCCUGAACUUAUGAUCCCUGAACCUGCAGUUCAGAAUGGCAACUUGGAGUAUGAGGUAUUGCUUAUACAGGAUCACUGUAUGUCAAACAAUAAUAUGACUUCACACAAGCCUUCAUAUUUCUGACAUCUGGCACAGAGAUACUUUGACAAAAGAGGAUUCUGAAUCCUGCACUCUGUUUCCCUACUGGUGAAAUACAGAGACAAGCCAGUGUUAUAGCGAGAGUGGAGGAGAACAUAUCAGCCAACCAGCAAAGGAAAAAGUGGACAUACAGUAGAUUUGACUCAACACCAUUCAAAUGUCUCAGACAUUAAACAUGUCCAACAACAAUUGUUUGGACUUUAAAUAAACUGAAAGUGCCUGCACACCACUUACACACGUCACCCUGCUUUUCCAAUAUUUCUACACUUUUCUGGCUGGACUGGCAACUUCACAGCUCUUAAGCUAUCUGCAGCAGGUCAAAACCAAUGGGAUGCUGGAACAGAUGCUGUGUUGCUAUUCGUGGACAUUAAGGGUCAGGGGACCUCACAGCACCCUGUGUGUGUUCAGAGAAGGAGUGUGCACUGAUAAUGUGGUUGAGUUGCAUUUUCAUAUCUGCAACACAUCUAAAAACAGCAAUUUGACAUUUCUUGUGUGUUGUUAACGCCUUAUUACAACCCCAAAGAGAGCAGUUGUUGUUGUGAAUGAUUUACAAUUUAAGACACCAAAUGAAGACUUUGCAUUAUUUUUUGCUGUUGAACACUUGCAGAUUUGUGUUUUAUACAUCCUUUUUAUACUUAUGUCUUGAUUUUUUUUUUUGUUGUUGUUGUUCUUGUGUAACUGAAGACUGUUACCGGCUUUCUGUACACCCCCCAACCUCUCCUGAAAAACCCACCUCCCUGUUUUGUCUUGUGACUAACAGACAAAACAGCAGAUUAAAAUCUUUGAAGAUUAAAACUUAUUUAGCACCAGCAAAGUCAAUCAAAGGGCUUUGCCCCCAGAAUGUCAGACAGCCUAAGUACAUGUGAGUCUGGACAGACUCAAGACUAAAUCUGCUUCACACUCCUGUAUUCAGGAUGACAAAAGGUACAGAAGGAUCACUUAAAUGAGUGAUGUGAAUUCACUCACUUUAGAAAUUACAUGUCUUAAUUAGACAAAGUUGCACGCAGAAGCAAUGUAUGUAUUCAGAAUGUAUAUAUUCUGAAUAUAUACAUUCUAUAUACAUAUAGUUCAGAAUGUAUAUAUUCCCUGUAAGGUACGUCUGUUACAUCCCUCAAUCAUAAUUCAUGCAAAACAUGCAAUGCUUUGCGUAAUGCUGUGCAACAUUACUACUUAAACGAGGACUGUCACGGUUUUCUUGCCCCACUGAUCCACAAUGUGGAGAACCCAGACACGGUGGAGGAAUUACUGUGGACAGGACGGCGAGGUUUUCAAAGUAGGAAACAGAUAAGACUCAGAGUGCUGAGAUUCAAAUCUGUGAAUACGGGGUGAAGGACUCACAGUAGCCUUUUAAUGUCUGUGUGUGUCCAAAUAUGUGUGAGCACGAGUGUGUCUGUGCAUCUGUCAACAUGUAAGCGAUAAUGGAAGUACAUGUUCUGUCUUGUGUAAGGACUUGCAGACGUCAGGUUACUAUCAGUCUGCACCUCUUGUACCUGCAUGCCUGUGAGUACAUUACGACUCCAGCAGACACUAAACAAUUGUGAAGGUUGGUAAAUUCACCUACACCGACAUCUUCAUUAAGACAAGGUGGCAUUAAAACCCCGUAAAUAAUCCGAUACUACAACUGGAAUAUCUGUCUGUAAAACAAAAUCAUUGAAGAUUAACAAAAGUAUUUUCAAUGUCAAUUUUUCCCUGUUUAUUUUGGGAAGCAUUUUCUUGUCCUUUUCACUGUUUGUUUGUUGUUGUUAUAUUAAAUGUGGACUUAUUUGUAAAAGUGGAAAUUUAAAAAAAGAUAAUGAAAAAUAAAAUAAAUCUACAAAAAUAAAA